GUCAAUCUUGUGAUUGGCUGGAAUUUGGAGAAGCUGACAUAAACUGAGCCAUGAAGCAUUAAGUUUGUCAGUGUUUUAAGUGCAGCAGGUGGGAAAGGAGCUGUAUAACCAGGAUAACGGAUGACUUGGUUUUUUCGAUUCAUGUAGGUUAGUUUCCAGUACCGUUUGCCUUUGGUAUUAUGACUACAGCAGCUAGACCAACCUUCGAGCCAGCCCGUGGUGGACAGGGUCGUGGAGAAAAGGAUCUGUCUGCAAUAUCAAAGCAGUACUCAAGUAGGGAUUUACCUUCACACAACAAACUUAAAUACAGGGAACAUGGACAGGGUACCACUGAAGAACUUCGCUCCAGAGAUUUCCGUAAGGACUUGGAAGAUAGAGAAAAGGAGAAGACUGGAGCCCGUGAUAGGCGCAUGCCAGAGGCGGUGUCACACAAGCGCCCGAAGCUGGACCAGGUUCCAGCUGCCAGUCUAGAUGCUGAUGAUCCACUUGAUGAAGAGAAUUCUGAUGAUCCUGACAGUGAUGAUGAUACAGCACAGUUGCUGGCAGAGCUGCAACGUAUAAAGAAGGAACGUGCCCUGGAUCAAGCCAAGCAAGAAACUGAGAAGAGACAAGAAGAAGAGAGAAUUCGAAUGGAGAAUAUCCUGAGCGGUAAUCCGUUGCUGAACUAUACAUCUCAAGUUCAGAAAGGGGACUUGAAGGUGAAACGACGGUGGGAUGAUGAUGUUGUCUUCAAGAACUGUGCACGGUCUGAGCCAGACAAGAAGAAGGACCAACAGUUCAUCAAUGAUUCAUUGCGCUCCGAGUUCCACCGCAAGUUCAUGGAGAAAUACGUUAAGUGAACGCACGUGCUCCAAAUCAUCCAGGCAGAUCCACAGUUUAAGUUGUUCUGGAGGAACAAUUGGAACAGUGCUGAAAAAUACAAUGUGUGGCAUGCUUAAUGAACAUUUGACUGGUAUGUAUAAUUGUGUAUCUUACUUUAUGAUUCACACAAACUUGGAUACAGAAGCUGCAUUUUCUUGCAUUCAGAUUAAUUACAAUAAAGUUUUAUAUUUUAUUGAAAUGUAGCAGAUGUGAGAAUAACCAGCUUUAUACUGUCAGUUAUCCUCAUGUCAGUUUAGUUCACUGUAUAUGAAAUUAUGUAUGGUAAGUAAUCAACUUAACACUGCCAGAUAAUCUUCAGCCAGUUUGUUCAAAUUCACACUCCAGACAAAUUUGAAAAUUUCAACCAUGGCAGCAAUGUGAAACUUUUAAUUUAUGUCUCAUUGCUUUCUUUUAUGGUGCAUUCAGCAUAAGAAUAGAGCGCACCUUAAUAUAAGUUACGUGCAGUGACGCUGCCCAUAUGUGGCCUAGAAAACAAUGCAGAAAAUACAAAAUACAUAAUUAUGUCUCAUCGUCAGAAUUCAGGACAGAACCGGAAUAUAAGGAUAAGUAACAAACUGUUCAAAAAUGUAACAAUAUUCAAGUACUCGGAGACAACUAGGGAGAUGGGAAUCAAUGGAGUGAACUGGAUGCAGCCAGCUCAGAAUAGUGUCUGAUGGCAGGCUUCUGGUUCCGUAAAGAAAGUGGGCUAUUCUUUGAUAAGCCGGGUGUACAGUCGAACUUUUAAAGAAUUUCCUGCACCAUGGAAUGAGUGAGAGUGGAUGCCACACUUUUUAUUUUCUUACACUGGGCUGUGCUGUUAUUAUUUUCAUCUAUGAAAACAGUUCAUAGGAUAUAAGUUAUAAAUUUGCUGAUUAGAUAUAGUUCUUGUUUAUCUGUUUUAUUGUAUUCUUAUACAAAGUAUGUUUUUAUAAAAUGCAGGCUUCGUGAAUACCAAUUCCCAGAAGCAAAGAGAAACAAGAUGCUGUGUACAUGUUUAUGUAUUAAAAGUAAAUAUUCCAAGAAAAUGUAUAUUGGAUUGAAAGUGAUACUGCUACUUAAGUUAUAGGCGUUUUGAGAAGUUUCAUUUAUAUGGGAGAGAAAUACAAUGAAAUGUGGAUUCUGGUCUUCUGGGUUGUAAUGCCAUUUAGUCUCAUAGUUAAUUACAGUGUUUCAGAAGAGCAUUUCACUUGCAUCUUUGGGUAUAAAUGAGUCAGAAUCGGGAUUUGAAUAAUUUAGUUAUAGGACAUGGAAUCUCAUGUUUCCCUUCUUCCUUUUUUGCUAUUUACCUUUACUUAGUCUCCCUUGGUCAUUUCUUCCUUUUAGGGCCUCCUUAGAAAAUGUUAUUGUCAGGGCCUUUCACCUUUCUUUCCUUCAUCAUCCACUUUGCCCAUCCCUUAUCUUUACUCAUCUCCUUUCUCUGCCCAUUCCCAUUUGCCUAUGUAGAUGACUCAUACUCCCCUCUUGACUCUCUUCUACCUCAAAGAUGGAGGUAAUAAAUUCCACCCAAGUGUUAGUAAGAAGAGGACAAUCCAGAAGACCAGUCAUUGUAUUCACUGUCAUGACAACUUCAGAAUUUUGCAAUAAACUGUGCAGGUGAGUUGUA